AUGUCUGACGAACAACAACCAAGCAAAGUCAACGCUAAUGUUAACUACUAUACCGGCGCUACCAAAGAAACAGUUGGUAACGAAUCCCUAAAAUCCUCUGGCCAGGCUGCUCAAAUCCGCGGCAACGCAGAAUAUGAUGCUGCCAGUAAAGAAGCACCCUCAAAACUCACUGGCAAUUAUAACGCAACCGCUGGUGCCGUAAAGGAAACAAUCGGAUCCGUAAUUGGACAUAGCGAUUUAGAGAAAUCAGGUGCUGAACAACGUAGAAAGGGAAAUGAAGAAUUAGAAGCAGCCAAAUUGGCAGAUUAUGUUGGUGGUGCCGGCACCAAGGUUAAAGGAACUGUAAAAGAACAAAUUGGCUCAACUAUUGGCAAUGAGCGAUUGGAAGCAGAGGGUGCUGCCACCAGAAUCGAAGGCGAUGAUAAAAUGACAAAGAAUGGUUAA